UGGCCUUUUCCUGUUCACGCGUACUCCUACGAAGACGUGAACAUACACCAUGGCUGACAUGGAAACGUUUGACGAUGUAGUGGUACCCACUACAACACCCUUACAAGUGACACUUUCCGCUGAAUUACCAGAAAUCAAGUUAUUUGGACGUUGGAAUUGCGAUGAUGUACAGGUGAAUGACAUGUCUCUACAAGAUUACAUCGCUGUUAAAGAAAAGAAUGCAAAAUAUCUGCCACAUUCUGCCGGACGUUAUGCCGCAAAACGAUUUAGAAAAGCUCAGUGUCCCAUAGUGGAACGUCUUACAAAUUCGUUAAUGAUGCACGGUAGAAACAAUGGCAAAAAGUUGAUGGCAGUCAGAAUUGUGAAACACGCCUUUGAAAUCAUUCACCUCCUUACAGGUGAUAAUCCUCUGCAGGUUCUUGUGACAGCCAUUAUUAACUCUGGUCCAAGGGAAGAUUCAACGCGUAUUGGACGUGCUGGUACAGUCAGAAGACAGGCAGUAGAUGUGUCUCCAUUAAGACGCGUCAAUCAAGCAAUCUGGUUAUUGUGUACUGGUGCUAGGGAGGCUGCAUUCCGUAACAUUAAAACAAUUGCGGAAUGCUUAGCCGAUGAACUUAUUAACGCUGCCAAAGGUUCGUCUAAUUCUUACGCGAUUAAAAAGAAGGACGAACUCGAACGCGUCGCCAAGUCUAACCGAUAAACACUUUUUUUUCGUAAAAACAUACAAAUAAAUGUUCUACCUUUAAAA